AUGGUGACGCUACCCGCCACCUGUGUGUGGCGAGCCUGGCGUCUUCUGGCUCUCUGGCUGGACCUCGGCAUGCGAGGAGGUAGCAUGGCGCAAGAGAACAUCGGACUGCUACUCGAGCGGCAGGACAUGCCGCUUGACAGUGGCCAAGCUAUUGAAGUAGGCAUCGUUGUGCAUUUCUGCCACAGCGGGAACGGGGACUGUCUCCAUUCCCGAGUGUAUCCAAGUCUGCUCAAUGGCCAAAGCCCUGCUGGCGAGCGGGGGGGGAGUACUCUGGGCUCGCGCACUCCAAUGCAACCCGGCAUCAACAUGGCCGUGGCUGGCGGCAGCGAGGUCGCACGCGUUAUCACCCAAGGUAUUAUGACCGACGGCAAUUGA